AUGCACGACAUAAAUCUAGCUGUGGAAUACAUGUCAUUUAGCGCACAUGCUGAUGCUAAAGGAAUCAUGCAGCUGAUAAGAGAUUGCCAACCCCGAUGUGUAAUGUUCGUACAUGGAGAAGCUGCGAAGAUGGAAUUUCUCAAGGGGAAAGUUGAAAAGGAGAGUUCUUUGAAUCUGAAUUUGAAGAUGAAUAGAUCAAUGUUAGCCAUUAGAAAGAACUGCCAAGAGUUUCAUGUACCUGUCCUGAUGCCAGCUAAUGGAGAAUCGGUAGUGAUCCCAGGAAUUGCCACUUUGGAGGUCGACGUUCCCCAUGAUAUCGUUCAACGAUGCAUUGACCUCGAUCCAACUCCUUCGAAGAAAGCGUGCCCAUUUUCUGCCUGUUUGAUUAUGGAUAAGCAGAAUGGUCUCGAAGUGAUUUCUUGCGAGGCAGCUGCUAAUAAAUUACAAAUGGGUCUUCAUACUAUCACUCUGUCGCAGCUGAUAAAAUCACGUAAUCCGGUGGAUUGGAGAGCCCUCUCUGAGGCUCUGACAAUCCAUGACAGCAAUCUUCAGCAUAAGCAAGACGGAAUAGAGCUCUUCCAUGGUGAAAUAUGCGUUUUACCCGUGAAAGGAGACGAAAAUCAGGUAAAACUGAUCUGGGAUGAGUGCCGAGAGGCCUGGCAAUCAGUGAUCAUGCAGACUAUACAAGAAACGCUCAGCAAACAGCCUAUAGGCAUAACCUGAGUUCUUUUCGAAACCAUUGCGAUAUGCAUCUUCAAUGAUCGUCAGUCAUGUACAUGUGAAAUCUCAUACUCGUUCUGAUAAUAAAUUAUUGAUGCGUUC